UGCACGCCUGACACGUUGUUGUCGAUCCGAAGAUCAUAGUAAAUUUUAAAAUGUUCUGUUCGUCGUGUGGCCAAUCCAGUGCUCCUAACGCACUAUUUUGCCAUAAGUGUGGAAAGAAACUAAAUGCUGUAGAGGCUGCCGCUUAUCCUCAACCAGCUAAAGCCCAGCUUGGCUCAGCCAGCUCAAGACCAAGUGGAAGUGGUGUCAAGACUGAAAAAUCGUUGACAUUUAAACAGUUUCAGUCAAGAAAACGAGAAGACAGAUCAAGCCACUUCACAAAGAAGGGCAAAAAGCCUAAGCUUGACGACGAUACCGAGGUAAAAAUUAACGUUGGGAUCAUGGCAACAAAAGCUGGAGCUUUGGCGACCAAGAGAGGUCUUACUCUCCCUCUCACGGUACGUCAGGGAAUAACCUCGGAGGAGCUGCUACAAAAGGCAGUUGAAAAACAUAGCCGGUUCAAUAACGAUGUGAUCAAAAGUAGCAAUAAGGCAACCUACRAGAUUCUGUAUGGUGAUAAAUCGGUGGUGACUAAAUUGCCAGGAAGUGAAGAGGCGUUCACCCUAAGAAGGUACAAAGAAGAAAUUGACAAGCCUUAUUCGCGGAUAACAUUUUAUUUGUGCACAAAUUCCGAUUACUUGGAAAGCCUUUGCAGCACCUUCGACUUCGAAUCUGAUUCGGAUGAAUCAUACCAGGGUGACCCACAAGAAAAAGUUACCGAGAACACGAAAUCUGAACAAGAGGUCGAAGAAUCACCGAAACAACAAAAAUCUGCUUUGCUUGAUCAAGAUCAACAUGCAGAUUGGAUGUCAGCACCAGUUGUGGUUCUUGAUCGACCGUCUUCUUCAAAAGCACCAGUUGUGGUUCUUGAUCGACCGUCUUCUUCAAAAGCACCAGUUGUGCUUCUUGAUCAUCCGUAUUCUUCAAAAGAAAAAGAAGCACAGUGUCCAAUUUGCUGUUUGAAUUUUUCUGUUAGCCAGAUUGAAGAACAUGCAGAUACCUGUUCAUCCUGGCUUAUAGAAAGUGAGCAGCCAUUUGACCUAAUUUCCACAAAUGCUGUAGAAGACAAAGCGAUGACCAACCUGGCAAAAGAUCCUUUUGAGAAUAAAAUAUUGUUGAAAGAGCAAAUAGCACAAUUGGUGUCUGGAUCAGUGACAGAAUACACAAGAGUCACUUUAAGGAGAAAGUUCAUAUGGAAUGACUUUAAGKCUGCAAGGCAUAGUAAAAUUCAACCCAACUCCAAUCUAAAAGUGGUGUUUGUGGGGGAGCCAUGUAUUGAUGAUGGUGGUCCAAAGAGAGAGCUUUUUACAGAAUUGAUGGCCAUCAUGCAGCUCAAGUUUUUCAAGAAUGGUUUUCCAGUUAGCUCUUCUGUAGCACUGAGUAAUGGAGACUUUCAACUUUGUGGUGAAAUAAUGGCAAUGUCCAUCUUACAGGGAGGUCCAGGUCCAAAUUUUAUGGCUGCACAAGUUGUCAGUUAUCUGGUUGGAAAACCACUUUCAACAGAUAAGAACAAGCAGCAUCAACUGAAGACCGUUGCUGAUAGUUUGGUCAAUGCAUCAAGUGAUGAGGAAGUAAGGGAACUUUUGACGAGUGAGGGUGUCCUAGAUGUUCUURAAGAAAUAGGCUACACUGGAAUCCCACAGAAGGAAACAUUGUUUUCUGUAAAAGAAAUUGUACAAUCAAUAUGCAUGAAAGACCAAUUAACAGAACAGUUGCCUGCACUUCUUCAAAUCCAAAAUGGCCUACAAGUAUGUGGGUUAUUAAAGUGCAUUAAAAGCCACCCUGAUGUUUGGCAACCAGUAUUUGAAAGCAAUACUGCUUUCGCUAUUACAGCUGAUGAAUUUUUGGACCAGCUUGAUGUAAAAUACAGUGCAUCCCAAAUCAAAAAGGAUCCAGAGAUUGACACCUUCAAGUUCUUUUGUGACACCAUAGAGAAAAUUGAUGCAGAAAUUGGUGAUUUGGAGUUGAGGGAUAUCAUCAAGUGGCUGACUGGAAGUUAUGACAUCCCCCCACUUGGAUUUCCAAAGAAGUUCCAAGUAGAAUUUGUUCAUGGUUGCUUGCCUGGAUGUUGUUGUCGGCCAACUGCUUCAACAUGUGAUAUCACCAUAAAGUUGCCGGUACACAUAAAUAGUCCCAAAAUUAUGGAAGAGAUGAUCUACUCUUCAAUUAAAGAAAGUCAUGGGUUUGGAUUGUUAUAAAUCCAAUAAUCAUUAGUGCUGUCACAAGUUUAGAAUAUGCACAUUAAUGUUGGUGAGGGAAGUUUGCUUUUAGGUUUAAUGUUCAUGUUGUCCAUUUUACAGUUCCUCUCAGUUACUCCAGCCUCAAUAGAGUGUAAUAUAUUCUUUAGUUUUUGACUGCAGCCUGUGGGAGUUUAAAAGGGUCUCAAGCCUGGAGUAACCGAGAGGAACUGUAAAAUGGACCAUGGCUAUUAGAUAUGUUUCUUUAAAAACGUUGAAUUUAAUGAUAUGAAGGGUUUUUAAAUUGGAGUUAAUAAAUGUAUUUAUUAUCACUUUUGUGCAGUUCCAGAAAUUAUCCAUAUACGGGGGAUUCCUUAAGACACCCCCCCCCCCCUUCUGGAAAUUCCGUACAAACUCUGAAAUUUUUUAAUUUUUCUAACCUCCCCCUGACCCCUAGGAAAUUCCAAAUUCCUCUGGAGGGGGGAGGUAACUAUGGAUAAUUUCUGGAACUAACCCAUUGUUUGUUUAAUUUUGGAUAAUUGCUUUAGAUUAUUAUAAGAUUUAAAUACAAUAUUGAAAUACAAUUUUGAAAUGUUAUUAGUUUAUAGGAUUGUUGCUUAGGUAUUAUUUCACAUUGAAAAGAUUUUUUUAUCAUUUUCAAAUAUAACUUUUUUCUUACAAGUUAUUCCAAUUUUGCUCCAACUGUUUCUUGAUCCCAUGAUCAGAUACAUAAUAAAGAAAUGUAUUUCACAUAAUACAGUUAUAAUGGAAAAUAAAGAGUGAAACAUUUUAAGCAUGGGAAUCUUCCAUCAACAUAUUUUGAUUACCAGAGGAAGAAGAUAUACUAUAACAGAUACCAUAUAAAUGUCAUUAUUCUAGUUAACUAGGUACCAGUUGUAUGAAAGUUAAUAAAGUAUAUUGAAUUGAUUAA